AUGUGGUUUCUGCUCAAACAGAGUUGUUAACAUUACCACUCCGACAUUUAUUUUAUCGGCGAAUUUUGGGAGUUAUAGUAACCAAACUAAAGGUUUCGUUGUGCAUAUCGUGUCAGCACGAAAAUUUCAGCCGCCGGAGAGGGUCAUCGAAUUAAUAGUUCCUUGAAUAUAUAUUGUUUAAAGUUAUAUAAUACUCAAAGAUGUCUGAUCGCAAAGCUGUAAUUAAAAAUGCGGAUAUGUCGGAAGAGAUGCAGCAAGAUGCUGUUGAUUGUGCUACCCAGGCACUUGAAAAGUACAAUAUUGAAAAGGACAUUGCUGCAUAUAUAAAGAAAGAAUUUGACAAAAAAUAUAAUCCAACUUGGCAUUGUAUUGUUGGUCGCAAUUUUGGAAGUUACGUUACCCAUGAAACGAGGCACUUCAUAUACUUCUAUUUGGGCCAGGUGGCCAUACUGCUAUUCAAGAGCGGUUAAACUAUUGACUAUUGCACAUGUCCCCUUCCAAUAUGCAAAAAUUAAAUAAAAUAAUUCAUCACCUACUCUGAAAAAAUAAAUAUUUUUUAUGAGCAUUA